CUCUCCCCCCAUUGGUCUCGUGCUGGGGCGGUAAGGUGUGGCCUCGCACCGCGUCGCCUCCUGUCGCGCGCUCACGGGGGAAUAAACAGACAGAAAGGGAACAUUGUGCACGACCACCGCCGCGUGCUUACAGUGACUGCAGUUUGAAGUAAAAUGAAAAAGUUUCUAUAACUUUUUGUAGCUCGACAACAUUUAGUCACUGACAGCACAAACGCCGGAUAAGUGCUGUCCCCAUUCGACUAAAAAUAACAGUAUGGGAAGCGCACUAUUAGGCCAGUGCUGCUGUGGUCCAUCUCACUGAAGCAUUCUCUGCAAACAGGUGGAUUUUGGAUAUUUUCUGAAGGUAUCUGAGACCUCAGCAUGCCAGUCCCCCCUCCUCCCCCCCCGCCUCCCCCGGCACCCCCCCCUCCUCCACCAAGCCCGCCACCGCCCAGUUCUGCCCUGCCGCAGUGUCCGUCGGAGCCUCCUAAGCUCCAGUCUGGUGGAGGAGGAGGAGGUGGAAGGAAUGCCCUGCUGGCCGACAUCCAGAGAGGAGCCAGACUCAAGAAAGUCACACAGGUCAACGACCGCAGUGCCCCCGUCGUCGAUAAGCCCAAGGCGAGCACCGGAGAUGUAUCCAGUAGUGUUGGUGCUUCUCAGGGCUCAUCAGGAGGGACGGCACCCAUGGGACCCUCUUUGGGUGGGCUCUUUGCUGGAGGGUUCCCCACUCUAAGGCCUAUAGGACAAAGAGAUUUAACAGGCAAGACUCCAGUGUCUCGAUCGAGCUCCUCCGCCUCCCUGAAGCCUCUGUGGAACGCCCCCAUGCCAGCAGACACAAGCAGUGUCUCGGAGACUCACAGGACGUCUGAUCUCCGAAACUCCGUCCACCGUCAGCUCGCUCCCUCGUCCUCUGCUCCUCCCUCCCCCUCUCACAGCAGCAAACACUUGCCUCCUUUCCCUUCUUCUUCCCCUCCACCUCCACCCGCCCCACCCUCUUCCCUUCCUCCGCCUCCCCCAACCCAAGCCUUCCAGGACCGGCCUGCCAACAAGCCUCCGCCUCUCCCCUCCUGCCCUCCUCCUCCACCUCCGUCCCAGGUCACCAAGCCUACCUGGCUCCCCAUCCAGCACUCCUACCACACAACCAUCUCGCAGCCCUCUACUCCUCCUCCUCCACCUCCACCUUUCCAAUCUCCCUCUGCUGUUCCAGGGGACCGCUCCUCAGGGUGCUUCUACCCUCCGCCCCCAGUCCACUCUGAACCCUCGAGGUUCCCCAUCCUGCGGGACAGCCCACUGGGCCCUCCUCCUCCACCUCCUCCUCCUCCUCUCCCGGCUUCUUUCACCCCAAACUGCCCGUCCACCCUCCCCCCUCCACCACCCAAGGUGCCUGCAGUGCCCUCCCCGGCCAUGCGCUGUCUGCCUCCCUCGUACCCCUGCAACGCCCCCACCCGACGGCCACCUGCUGUGCCCAGAGGUGCAGGUGUGGGUCGGUUGGCUCCUCCUCCAGCUCCCCCGGCACGUUCCCCAUCUACUGAGCUGUCCAGCCGCAUUCCUCCCCCUCCGCCACCACCUCCCUUGCCUCCAUCAAGUCUCAGGAAUGGACACCUGCACAGCCUGGCAGAUGACUUUGAAUCCAAGUUCCAGUUCCACCCCGUCGAGGACUUCCCCCCUCCCGAUGAAUUCAAGCCUUUACCUCGGAUCUACCCCAGCAAAGAGAACAGAGUGAACCCGAAACCACCUGGGAUGAGGACACACCUCAGAUGAGUCAAGGCCUCACUCUGUUCUUCAUCAGGCCCCACACAUAUCAAGCAGUAAGACUCAGUCCUCCUCCUCAUGACAGUAACAGAACUGUCACGGACAUUUGGAUGUAGGCUCUGUAUGUGCAUGUGUUGUUUGUGUUUAGCAUAUUUGUGUGUGCGUGUGUAUGUGUGAGUGUCAAACAGAGGUCCCGCCUUAUACUGACUAUGUGACCUCUGACCUUUUCCAGUGUGGAAUGUUUUGAAUGUGUGUGAGGAGGAGGGCUCUCCCUACUCGUACUCAUAAGUUACAUACAGACUCUACACACACACACACACACACACACACACACACACACACACACACACA